AUGAUUAGCAUUUCGAACAAAUCGAAAAGUAGGAGACCGAAGUUCUUGCUCACGUUUUCCAUUACACAGCUCACCAAUAUUCCCCAAUCAUCCGGGUAUUGUUAUUGUAAAUGGCAUUUAAAAGAUGGUACUGGUGCGUCAAGUUCAAUCAUCGAACAAGAAGGUCAGAAAAUCGAUACCAAUCAUCAAAGCAAAGGAACUACCGAGAGGAUAUUUGUUAAAAACCAUAGAGCUAAAUGGAACUAUACUGUGGAACCUCCAAUCAAAUUAAAGUUGCAAGUUGAUAAGAAUAAGACACUCUCUAAGAAAAUUCUAGUUGUGGAGGUUUAUUUUGAGUUCUUGGAAGAACUGAAUAAGAACGAACAUCCGGAGGGAAGAUUUAGCCAUCAUAAUCACGCUUAUACACAGAAAGUAUCCGGAAAGAUUCUUUUGGGUAAUGUGAGCAUUGAUGUCACAAAUUUCAUUGAUCAGAAUGGAACUGAGUUCCAUGAUCGGUUCCUUCUACAAAAAUCGAAAGUUAAUUCAAUCCUCAGUAUGUCCAUCAAGAUGCAGUUACUCAGAGGGAAAUUUGAUGAUUUUACGCUUCCGAAUGGAGAGCAACUAUCCCAGAAAAUUAAGGCAAACUUAGAGAAUUUCACCGAUAAUAAUUCAGAUACCUCUUCUAAUGUCACUUCACCGCUUUCCUCUGUCCACCCACCCGAUAGCGCUGGUUCUAGGGUAUCAAGUACCACGCAUAAAACAUCACAUUUAGCACAUCCAAAGCUGACGCAUCAGCCUGGGGAGACGUUAGCAUCAUUGACUAUUUCUAACCCAGUAGUUGAGAAACUUUAUCAGAAAACCUUUAAGUUCCCAUGGGACCCUAGACCCGGUGAAUAUACUCCUCAAGAGUGUAUCGAAGAUAUUCUAGAUGGGGGAAACGGAUGGGCAAAGAACGAAAAGGGGAUAAAUUUGAUAGAUUUAGAGACAUUACAGAUUACCGAUUUAGUAAACGAUGAUUAUCUAUUAGCGUCUUUGCUUGACCAACAGGGUAUACACUACAAACCAAACAACCUAAAUUACAGUUGGGAUAUAUUAACCUCGAAAUGGAGACAAUCACAAAGCGGAAAAUCAAGGAACGAUUACUUGAAAGCCAACAUCCAGAACUACUAUCAAGAAUGCAAUAAAUCAGGGUUGGAUGAAUAUGCUGCAGAAAAAAUCAAGGAUGCUAAGAGUUGGAAAGUGAACUAUAGCGCCACGGAAGAAAAAUCAUCAAAGCCAAACUCAGACGCACAAUCUACCCGUUCAAGUCAUACCCAGUUAGAACAGAUCUGA